AUGUCUCUCUACGGCAGGGAUACCCCAGUGGCAGACCGACAGUAUUACACCAACGCGACCAAGAAAUACUAUGUUGAGUCAUUGCCCGACAUCCCAAAGAACUUUAUGACCGAGAUGUACUCGGGCGUUAUCCCACUCAACAUGUCCGACGAUAGCCGUGGCAUGUUUUUCGUCUACCAGCCUCGUGUCGGUCCACCGGUCGAGGAGAUCACUAUUUGGUUCAAUGGCGGUCCAGGCUGUAGCUCUCUCGAAGGGUUUCUUCAAGAGAAUGGCCGAAUUCAAUGGUCUUGGGGACAAUACGCACCGGGAAUCAACCCCUAUUCAUGGGUAAAUCUAACCAACAUGUUAUGGGUAGAAUACCCGAUCGGCGUGGGGUUCUCACGAGGCGAGCCGACCGCCACGAAUGAAGAAGAACCUGCUGCUGAAUUCAUCGAGUUCUUCCGCAACUUCCAAACGAUUUUCAACAUCAGCAACUAUAAGAUUUACGUCACGGGUGAAAGCUACGCUGGCCGAUACGUCCCGUAUGUUGCGAAUGCAAUUCUCGAUCAGAACGAUACUACGCAUUUUAAUCUCUCAGGUGCUUUGGUCUACGAUCCGUGCAUCGGGUCUUAUGACUAUUCCAACGCCAUUGCGAUAUAUCCGUGGAUUCAACAGAACAACAACAUUAUGGGGUUCAACAGCACAUUCGUCGAUCUUCUCGCCCAACGUGACCAGAGCUGUGGCUACUCGCAGUAUCGCGAGGACUUCCUGCAAUUCCCGCCCAACGGCACGCAACCACCCCUCUAUCUCAAUUCGACGGCUGACCCUGACUGCGACCUGUGGGAUCUCGUGUAUGACAGCGCUUACAGCGUCAAUCCAUGCUUCAACGUCUACGAACCGAACCUACAGUGCCCCUUACUGUCCGACCCUCUCGGGUUCCCCAGUGAUCUAAUCUACUCAUAUCCUGGAUUGCCGCCGUACUUCAACCGCACCGACGUGAAGAAAGCUUUGCAUGUUCCUGUAGACAGUGACUGGGCACUAUGCACGGGACCAGUGUUUGUAGGUGAAGGCGGUCCACAGGAUCUGGGAGAUUUGAGCCUCGACCCAAUUCAGGCCGUGCUGCCCAGAGUCAUUGAAGCUACAAAUCGUGUCUUGGUGUCCAAUGGUGCCCUGGACAUGGAUCUCCUCUUGAACGGGACCAUGCUCGCCAUCCAGAACAUGACAUGGAACGGGCAGCUCGGCUUCCAGACGGCGCCUUCGAAGCCCAUCAUCAUCAACAUCCCGGAUAUCCAGUACCAGCAAGUCUUCACCGACAGCGGUUUCGACGGCUUCGACGUCCACCAAGGGGUCAUGGGCGUGCAGCACUUUGAGCGUGGGCUGAUGUGGGCCGAGACCUACCUCAGUGGCCACAUGCAGCCCCAGUUCCAACCGCGGAGCUCGUAUCGGCACCUGCAGUGGCUGCUGGGAAGGAUUGACGCACUUUGA